AGUCUUACCCAAAUCAGCAAACCGAAAUUAGGAACAGAAGUAGUACCAUUUCCAAAUGAGGGGAAUCAUGUAGAUACCAGCGUCCAUAUUCAGAGUCCCUCAUUGAUUGGUCAACAGAGUGAAUCCCCAUAAAAUGGAGCAGAAGCAUAGAGACAUCAUACGGCAAAACAGAACAAGACUUGUUAAUGAUAUCACAGAUUUGGCAUCUAUCUUGGAUGACCUGAUGACAGAUAAAAUAAUUACUGACAGUAUGAGUCAAGAUAUUCUGGCAAAGAAGACUCCAAAUGAGAAGACGAGAAAGCUGCUGGACAUUCUUGCUCAACGUGGACCAAAGGCUUUCCGUAGGUUUUGUGAGGCUUUGAUGAACACUCAACAAGACCAUAUAGUGGAAAUAUUGGACCCAGAGUUCUAUAGGAACAGUGUACGCACGGCUAAGCCUGUGUCUUCAGAUGCCACCUCAGCUGGUGGUGACACCAGUCUUGCGAGGCCCAAAGAUGAGCACCCUAAAUCUUCUAUUCCCCAGCCAGUUUCUGUUCCUAUAGUUCCAGGAAAACAGAAGGAUGAACGUGAUAAACAUAUACCAAAUGAAUUUACCUCAAAGGGGCCUGAUACCAAAAACGAAAAACCUAAAAAGGACGAUUUACCAACUGCGUCCCCUUCAAAAACUAAACCAGUACAGCCGAUACCAAGCGAAGUUACUUCUGAAACUGUUGCAAGAAAGAACAAAAAUUCAAACAGGCCAAUGUCUUCUUCUUCAGAACCUUCCAGUCUGCCAAAUCCCAAUAUUUUCCCAGGACAGGCAGAAGGGGAGCUGCCAGAAACAGCUAAAGACUGGCCAAAGGAACUGAACUUGAGAUCCAAUACAGAGUUUAAAGUUAAAAAACUUACUGGGAACAUUGAAGAUUUGGAUAAAUAUUCCCUGGAGGGUAAGAGGACAUGCAUUGUUGUGGCCAAUCAGCAUUACACUGAGCGCUACAAGACCAGGUUGGUGGACAUCGACAGGCUGAGAAUCAAGAAUGUCCUCAAGGAACUCAACUUCAAUGACAUCACAAUCCAUACCAACAAGUCUAGUCAACAACUGCUGAGUUGCCUGGAGGAAGAGCGCCAGAAGAUCUCCAAGGAAACUUCUGUGUUGAUGUUGAUAGUGACCUCAUACGGGGCCAAUGGUCAGAUCUUCUGUGUGGACGGGGACAAGGUCUCUCUGCAGCAGAUAGUCGACAUCUUCUCUGUGGAAAACUGUCCGCUACUCAAGGGCAAACCCAAGGUUGUGUUGAUUCACGCAGGCGGAUUCCUAUUAGAAGAUGGUUCCAGCCCGUCAGACACUCACUGCAAUGAGAUACGGCGUAGCCUCAGUCAUCUGAGUCUUGGCACGCCCACGUCAAAGUCCAAGGGAUUCUUCUCUGAGACAGUCUCAGACUGUCGACCCCAGACCUUACUUGAUGACUCCCAGACAGUACCAACGGCUCCAACCCCUGAGUCCAAAAUUGUGCUGUCGCCUUCGGGAAUCCUCGAUGAGACGCUCAAUGUUUAUGACAACUCAGAUUUCCUGGUCGCUAUAGCCACCGGGCCAGACGAGGACCACCCCCACUACUGCUCCCUGUUCCUGCUGGCCACACUGUAUGUCCUGUGCAGAUAUUCACACCAGCACCACUUCCUGGACAUGCUCAACAAGGUGAAUCGUUUGAAGAAGGAUGCCAGUGGGCAGCUCGUGGAGAUCUGCAAAUGCAAGUCAUCAUUGACAAAGAACUUGUACCUGCAGCCAUAAAAUUAUCUGCCAGAGUCUCCCCUUCCCUCUCUUUUGAUUUGAAAAGAAAAUUUAAGAGUUUUACCUUCUCAAUUUAGUGGAGUUUUCUCCCUGGUCUGUAUAGAUUUGAAGCCUGUAUUUUGCACAGCGCUAAUUUAUUUCGAUGAUUUCCAAACAAAAAUAACUUUGGUAUCAGUAACGUUUAUAAUAGAUACCGGUAUUGUAACAUUAUACACUGUAUAUACAAAAGCCUUAGCAAGGUCAUGAAACAUUCAAAAUGUGUUGUCACUGCUGUGGUUUUAAGUCUGAUUAUAAGUGCUGUUAUUUGAAUACAUAUUGGCUUUUUACAUUUUAUGAUGCAAAUGUUAUUAUGUAUCAAAAGAAUGUUGUUAAUGUUUUGAUAAAAUAAUUCAUGAUUACAAUGCCAGUUGUUAACAUAGAUAUGCUACAUAAAUAUGUGUUUUUAGCUCACCUGAGCUUAACCUGCUAUAGGUGAGCUAUUGUGGUCAUCUUAUGUCCAACGUUCAGCGUCUUGCAACUGUGUCCUGUGUGUUAUUUAAGCUUGUUAUCCAUAUAGAGAAAACAUUUUUAAUCAGAUCUUGGUCAUAAUGUUUAUCUUGACGAUAUUUAGUCCAAAAUCAAUCCUGGGUCAUGUGCCUCCAAAACCUAGGUCACCAUAUCUUGUAACCACUCUAGAUGAAACAUUUAUGAUACAAUCUUAAUUGAAAGUUUAUUUUUAUAAUGUCUAGAUUGACUUCAAAUCUGUGUCACGUGUAUCCAAAAAUGUAAAAUCUUAAAAAAAAAAACUUGUUCUUUCUCUAGAAGCCUCAUUUAUGACUAAAUCUUGAUGAAACUUGAAGGUUUAUCUUGAAUUUUCGAAUUUGAGUCAUGUGUGUCCAAAAACUGGGUCAUUAGGUCAAAUCUUACCACUCGAGAGACAGUAUUUAUGGCUAAAUCAGAAUGUUAAUAUUGACAUUGUCGAGGCCAAGUAAGAAUCAGAAUCAUGUGCUUUCGAAAACUACGUCACCAAGGAAAUUCUUCGAAACAUCUUUUAUUGCAAUUUUAUUCAUAAAAGUUACUUGUUUACUUGUUUAUCAUUUGUGUUUUUUUUAUUAGAAGUUGAUUAUUUUUAUGCCCCCUUUUGAAGAAAGCAGCGUAUAGCAGUUGUACUGUAUGUCUGUGCCAAAUUUCUAUUAAAGCCAUAACUUUGCCAUAUGUGGACGGAUUUUUAAAUAACUUUGCACAAGUUUCCACAAGCAUUAGACAAUGUGUCACUUGUAGAACUGGUCUCACUACUUUUAAAGUUAAAGGUCUAAUUUGCCAUAAAGCAGCUUGCAAAUUCCUGUCUAAGCCAUAAUUUUGUUAUGAAGGUUAUUAAAUGACACAAAUGUAAACCACCAUAAGGCAACAUGUCUCAUGUAUCAAUUAUCCCCUUACCUCUGAGGUCAAGGUCACACUAAGAGGUCAAAAGUCACAUUUUGCCAUUAAGCAGCUUGACCUUUUUCUCUCUGUUGUAGAUUUGACAAAUAUUGAUGGAUUUAAAAAAAACUGCCCAUGUAGAACGCUUCUCAAUUCUUAAAAGCUCAAGGUCACACUUUUAAGUUCCCAGAUCCGUUUGGCCAUAAAACCACUUGUUGGGAUUCUCACUUCAUCAUUCAUCACACCUUUUUAAGAUAAAUUACCACAAAUGACAACCAUGAGGCGAAAACAUUGUGUGUGUACAAACUGUCUCCCUCACUCAGUGGUGAAGGUAAAACUUAGUGAUCAAAAGCCAAAUUUGGACAAGACAGCUUGAAUGUUCCUGUUUCAGCCAUAACUUUGGGAUAUAUUGACAUGUAUUUUUUAAUGAUGUGUGCAAAUGCAAUCCAUCAUAAAACGAAAUAUUGGUUGUUACUCACUUCGCCUGACCUCAAAGGUCACGGUCACACUUUAAUGAUCAAAUGUAACUACAUAUCAGCUUAUUCAGACUGUUACUUUGUCAUUCAUCAUGCUUUUUUAAGAUAAAUCAUCACUAAUGACAGUCAUGUUGUUAAAACCUGUCUCCCAAACUCAGAGGUCAGAGUCACACUUACAGGUCAAAGGUAAAAUUUAGCUAUUCAACAGUUUUGUAGAGGAGGACAUGUAAGUGUAGCAUGUAGUAUCACCUGCCAAUUUUCCACAAAAGAUACCAUAAGGUAACAUGAGGCCAAAUUUCAAAUUAAGCUUUAAAAAGUUUUUUUCAAAUACGCUAGGUCAUUGACAAAAGUGGAAUGUGGGGCCAUCCAUGCUGUAUGGACACAUUUCUUGUUCAUUUAGGUUUUUAUGGCUCCGAAGGAGGGCAUAUAGUGAUCGGACUGUCUGUCCGUUCGUCUGUCUGUCUGUCAGACUUUGCGUUUAGGUUUCGAAAAAUGCUCAUUACUUCUAUGUCGCUUCAGAUAGCAAUUUCAUAUUUGGCAUGCAUUUGUAUAUGGACAAGGCCUUUCCAUACGCACACAAAUUUUGACCCCUGUGACCUUGACCUUGAAAUUAGGGUCUGCGUUUAGGUUUUGAAAUCUGCAUUUAGAUUUCGAAAAAAGCUCAUAACUUCUAUCAACCGUUUAUAGGGGGCAUGAGUCAUCCUAUGGUGACAGCUCUUGUUCUUAUUGUUUUUUUUACCAAGUUUGUAACUUUUAUGAGAUUAAGUCUUCAACAAUUUGUGUGGGUGAAUUAAAAUUGUGUGCUUAAAAGCAAUCAUGGCCCUCUUUUUUAUAUGUGCCCUCAAAUUGUUUAAAGGUAUUUCAUACAUUCGUGUCCAAUAUGUACAUAUGGGAUCAUGUCUAUGUUAUUGCAAUUUGUAUGUGCUGGAUGAUCAAGUACUAAGAAUCAUGUUCAUCUAAGGACGAUUGAUGACUUGGUCAGUGCUUUGACAAUUUCAUGUAAGUGUUUAAUAUUUGAAUGAUUGAUAAAAAGUUGCAGAAAAUCUCAAAUAUGAUGUAUUUUUAGGAUUGUGUACUUAUAAUAGUAAUAUCAAAUAAAAUUGCAUUUAGGCAUUAUUUACAUGAUCUGCAUAGAAGUAACAUGGGUAUAUAUGUGUAAUUUUAAAUAUUUCAUAAACAUUUGUAGUUAUGGAUAAUUUGUUUUUAUAACUUGAACAGUAAUGGUAUACCAGUAUCUCAUUAACACAAUUUUGGUAGUAAACAUACAUGUUUUACAUGUAGUAUUGUUGUUGUUUGUAAAUUGUUAAAGUGUUAUUUAUUUAUUUAUUUAUACAUAGACCCAAACAAAAGAAAUGUUUUCAAAAUAAAUGUUUGCAAUUGCAAAGUAAAACUUGGAAAUUAUAAAUUGUAGAUCCAAUCUAAAGUAAACAAAACAUUUAUAACUUAUCUCGUAAUAAAUAUGUGAUAUUGGUUCAUAUUUCAGGCUUCAUGUACUCAAAGUGACCAACACAUGUUUGAGGCAAUUGAAUGAAGCAUAAGCAUAUAAUGUAUACCGUAUCUAUUAACUGUUCGCAAGGAAUUAUCUAUAAGUUGCUGAAUAAGAAGGUGUUGGUUUUCAUGUGUUCAAUACAAGGAACUAUAUGCCUCUAGUAUAUGUGCCUUGCUCAGGAAACACUAACACGUGGCUAAAUGCAUGGGUUUAAAGUGUCUUCCCAUAUUAGCCUGUGCAGUCUGCUUAGGCUUAGCAGGGAUGACACUUUCCGGCUAAUUUGUUUUUUUCUAAGAAGAGACUUCUUUGAAACAAAAAAUACAUAUAAAGUGAAAAAUGUCACCCUUGAUUAGCCUGUGCAGACUUCACAGGCUAAUCUGGUAUUGCAAUUUAUGCACAUGCAUUUCACCCCAUUUUCUCAGGGCGAGGCACAUAUGGAGCAGUUUGUAAUGUCAUGUGAAUCAGUUCCGCUGCAGAUGUCAUGUGCUCAAGAUUGUAUUAUUGUUAUGAAUGGGGUUGUUAACGUUGACAGUUAUUUUAUAGUAAUAUUAUUUCACAGGAAUUUUUUUUAGGUCUUGUAUUGAAGGGCUCUUCAAUUUCUAAGUGGAAAUGUAUCACUUAAAUAUAAUUCUAUACAAAAUAUAAACAUGUAGUUCAUAAAAUUUGCAUUUGGCAGAUGACAGGCUAACUGUAAGAAUGUUAACAAUGUUAAUGAAUGCAUAUAUAUUUUUCCAUAUAUGAUGUGUUAAUUGUGAUAAUGUAUGAAAGUGGAAUACAAACAUAUUGAAAAGUU